CCAGUCAAACCAGUUUGAGAAAAUCUCAGCAGUUUCUCUUUGUGACGAGACGAAGAUAAAGCGUAAAGAACACAUUUUGUGCAGCUGUAAUCUGUAGGAGGACAGAUAACCUCCAAAAUGAGUGUCUCUGGAAAACAGGACACAAAGAAAGACGAGAGACUGAGAACAGACUCGCUGGAACCCAGACGUUUUUUGAUGAAGAGUGAUUCGAUGGGAUUUCUGACAAACUUCAGAGAUGGAGACUGUUCUGCUGAUCUGAGUACACCAAGGACAACUGAGAGCUUAAAAAUCACCUGCAAAAAGCAGCUGGAUUUAAUAUUCAAGGAUCUUGAGCACAAAGUCAUCACUCUGUUGAAGAAUGAAUUAAAAAGGUUUAAGAAGCUCCUGAGUCCAGAUUACCCAGCAUGCACUGAGAGGGAGGUGGAGGAAGAGGAGGUUCAUCACAGUGUGAGAGAGGGAGCGCUGAAGAUCACACUGCACGUCCUGAAGAACAUGAACCACACAGAUCUCGCUAACACACUGCACAACAAGUUUGGGCUGCUCUCUGUGUAUCAGGACAAACACAAAUCCAAACUUGUGGAGAAGUGUAAAAGAAUUAAUGAAGGAAUCUCACAGCAUGGAAGCUCAGCUCUUCUGAAUGAGAUCUACACAGAGCUCUACAUCACAGAGGGAGGAAGUGGAGACGUCAAUAAUGAACAUGAGGUGAGACAGAUUGAGACAGCGUCCAGGAGACCAGCAACACAGGAGACACCCAUCAAAUGUAAUGACCUCUUUAAAGACAAGUCCAUCAGAACGGUGCUGACUAAAGGAGUAGCUGGAAUUGGAAAAACAGUCUCUGUGCAGAAGUUCAUUCUGGACUGGGCUGAAGGAAAAGCGAAUCAGGACGUCUUCUUCAUGUUUCCACUUCCCUUUAGGGAGCUGAAUCUGAUGAAGGAGAAAAACUUCAGUCUGAUGAAUCUUCUUCAUCACUUCUUCCCAGAAAUGAAAGAAUUACACUUAAUAGACUGUGACUCCUACAAAGUGGUGUUGAUCUUUGAUGGUCUGGAUGAAUGUCGACUUCCUCUAAAUUUCCAGACCAAUGAGAGAUUGUGUGAUGUGACAGAGUCAGCCUCAGUGGAUGUGCUGCUGACAAACCUCAUCAAGGGGAAUCUGCUUCCCUCUGCUCUCCUCUGGAUAACCUCUCGACCAGGAGCGGCCAAUCAGAUCCCUCCUGAGUGUGUAGACCAGGUAACAGAGGUACGAGGGUUCAGUGAUCCUCAGAAAGAGGAGUACUUCAGGAAGAGGAUAAAUAAUCAGAGACUAGCCAAUAAAAUCAUAAGACACAUGAAGUCUUCAAGAAGCCUCUACAUCAUGUGCCACAUCCCAGUCUUCUGCUGGAUCUCAGCCACUGUUCUAGAGAGAAUGUUGGAUGAAGCAGAGAGUGGAGAGAUCCCCAAGACUCUGACUCAAAUGUUCACACACUUCCUGAUCUUUCAGAUCAAACACAAGGACCAAAAGUACCAUCAGAAAUGUGACCCUGAUCCUCAGCAGACCAGAGAGAGUAUCAUGGCACUGGGAAAACUGGCUUUCCAACAGCUGGAGAAAGGAAACCUGAUCUUCUAUGAGGAAGACCUGAGUGAGUGUGGCAUUGAUGUCAGAGAAGUGUCAGUGUACUCAGGAAUGUGUACCCAAAUCUUCAGAGAGGAGUUUGGGCUUCACCUGGGGAAGGUGUUCAGCUUUGUGCAUCUGAGCGUUCAGGAGUUUCUGGCUGCUUUAUACACAUUCCUCUCCUUUGUCUUGAAAAAUAAAAAUCUUCUAAGGGAUCAAAACACUGGAAAGUUACCUCUCUUAAGAAAGCAACCCAUGUCUGCAUUCCUGAAGAGUGCAGUGGAUAAGGCCAUACAGAGUGAGAAUGGACACCUGGACCUGUUCCUCCGCUUCCUUCUGGGUCUCUCACUGGAGUCCAAUCAGACUCUCUUACGAGACCUACUGCCUCAGACAGGAAGCAGCUCUCACAGCAAAGAGGAAACAAUCAAGUACAUCAAGGAGAAGAUCAGAAAGAAUCCAUUACCAGAGAAAUCCAUCAAUCUGUUCCAGUGUCUGAAUGAACUGAAUGACUAUUCUCUAGAACAGGAAGUCCAAACUUACCUGAACAGAGGAGGUAACAGUCGUCUCAGUGGAACCAGACUCUCUCCUGCUCAGUGGUCAGCUCUGGUGUUUCUGAUGCUAAACUCAGAACAAGAGCUGGAUGAGUUUGAUUUGAAGAAAUUUGAUAGAUCUGAGGAAUGUCUUUUGAAGCUGCUGCUAGUGGUAAAAGCAUCUAGGAAAGCCUUACUGUUUGGGUGUAAUCUGACAGAGGAAAGCUGUAGAGUUCUGUCCACAGUUCUCAGCUCAAACUCCUCCAGUCUGAGAGAACUGGACCUGAGUAACAAUAAACUGCAGGAUUCAGGAGUGAAGCUGCUCUCUGCUGGACUGGAGACUCCACAAUGUAAACUGGAGAUACUGAGGCUGUGUGAGUGUAAUCUCACAGAGGAAAGCUGUAGAGUUCUGUCCUCAGUUCUCAGCUCAAACUCCUCCAGUCUGAGAGAACUGGACCUGAGUGUCAAUAACCUGCAGGAUUCAGGAGUGAAGCUGCUCUCUGCUGGACUGGAGAAUCCACACUGUACACUGGAGACACUGAGGUUAUAUCAGUGCAAUUUUAAAGGUGAAGGUUGUGCUGCUCUAGCAUCAGCUCUGAAAACAAACUCCUCAUCACACCUGAGAGAACUGAAUGUGAGCAGAAAUAAUCCAGGAGAAUCAGGAGUGAAGCUGCUCUCUGAUCUACUGAAGGAUCCACACUGUACACUGGAGACACUACAGAUCGAAACGUAACCACAUGGUGGUUAUGGCUGUGCUGUGCAAUAAAACUGAGAUGUUGUGCUGUGAGACUGUGUUGCUUUGGCAGCACCAACUUUCCGGUUGUUAAACCUUCAGAAUGGACUUUUUUUGGUUAUCCUGAAUGCUCUAACCUAUUAAACCUAAAUAAGCAAACAUUUUAUUUAUACUUUUUCACUUGACAUACACACAUAAGACAUGUUUAAUAUGUAAUGAAUAAAAACAUCAGGGAUUGUGCUAUUACAGGAAACUAAUCAAUGAUGUGGUGCAUCCUGAUGCGAAGCCGUUACUGUUACCACCCUGAAGUUGAUUAUUUUCCUAUAACAGCAUGUUUAAUAUUUAAUAAAUAAUAAUGUUUAACAUCUAAUGUUGUGGAACAUUGGUGAAACAAGAUAAUUCCCAUUCUCACUUACGUUAUAGCAACUAUAAAAUAAACGUUACUGAGAAACCGCAAAGAAGCUUAAACUCAUAAAACUUACAGUUACAGCUUUACCUCUCACUGUUACAAAGCGCUGACACUGGAGACUCCUUCCAUACAUGUUAAAUAAAUAUGUCUACACAAAUCAAGAAUUACACACGUUUUUUAAAUGGAGACUGGUGCAUGAGUUAAACCUGUUUGUUAUUUUCCUACUAAAAUUAUUUUAUUUCAUCCUUUAUGCGAGUAUUUAUGUGUGUGACUGAUUAAUGCAAAUAUUAUAUAUAAAAUGUAUAUCAUUUGUUUAUCUGUGUAUAUAUCUGUGUGUAUAUAUUUGUGAGUGUGUGUCAGUAUCCACAUCAUGCUAGAGUUUUAAUAAUUUAUUCAGAUUUUAUCACAUUCAUUUAGCGUUGUUUGUUCUAUUCCUGCAGGUAAUAUCUGUACACUGAAUAUUAAUAUUGUAAUUCUUGGUAAAACUUUAAUUUAAGGUUUGAUGUGACUGGUUCAAUAUUUCUAAUAUAAUUCUAAUACUCUUUAACAACAUAGUGUCAUAAUUAACAUCAUAAGGAAACAAAUAUGAAUUUAUUGCCAUUUUCUGUCUGUAAACUGUAACAAAUAUUUUCAGUAAAUAAAUAUUGAAUAAAAACUGAGAUUAUUGAAUGAAACCUAAUUAUUUAUUAUUAUUUAAAAGCAAAGCUGGUUAAAAAAAACUGAAAUGUGAGAAUAUGAAUGUGAGUGAAAUACAUUAUA